UGGGUGUGUCUUGGGCAGUAACUUGCUGUCUUGCUGCUGCUGCUGUACAUCGCAGAGUAUACUGUGCUGCAGGAGAAGAGGCUGGCUCAGCGCUGUCACUGUGUGACACAUAGCUCAAUAUGCUGCUCACAUUCAGACUUGGUGUGACCUGUCAGAUGUCACGAUUUCUCAGUAGAUCUCUGAUGACAGCCAGAACGAUGCACUCUAAGGGCCCACUACCAGACAUGAAUGAAGGAUGCAUACCUGUCCAUGUCAAUGACGUGCGCAAUAAACUGAGGGAGAUAGUUGGAGCCUCUACAAACUGGAGAGAUCAUGUCCAAGCCAUGGAGGAUAGGAAGACGCUACAGUCACUGUUAGUGAGCAAGCAACAAGAUCUCCCCCCACGCAGGAUGAAGGACAGUUACAUUGAGGUCAUGCUGCCGCUGGGCAGCCAGCCUGAGCUGCGGGAGAAGUACCUGAAUGUGUAUAAUAAUGUCCGGUUUGGUAGAAUCCUUGAAGAUCUGGACAGCUUGGGAGUUCUCGUCUGUUACACUCACACAAAGUCUGAAUCUCGUCACACCUCUCCCCUGUCAAUAGUCACUGCCUUGGUGGACAAGAUUGAUCUCCGGAAGCAGCUCAUUUAUCCUGACUGUGACAUAAAGCUGACAGGACAUGUGUCCUGGGUUGGGAAAACAUCAAUGGAAGUUAAAAUGCACAUGUUACAGCUCCAUGAUGAUGUUUAUAGUCCAGUGCUCGAUGCAACAUUCGUUAUGGUGGCCAGAGAUCCAGAGAAUAAGAGGCCAGCAUUUGUUAAUCCAUUAAUUCCUGAUGGAAUGGAAGAGGAAGACCUUUUGAAACAGGAGAGAGUACUGAACAAACUGAGGCGCAUUGAAUUCAGCACGGCAUCUUUACUGAAAAUGGCUCCGACAGCGGAAGAACGGAAGAUUGUUCAUGACAUGUUUCUCAACACAUUGGAUACAAGGACAGUGAGCUUCAGAAGUCGUGUUUUGCCUUUCAAUUCAGUGUGGAUGGAAGAUGCCAAACUCAAAGGAUUGGAGAUCUGUCACCCACAGCAAAGGAAUAUCUUCAACAGGAUCUUUGGUGGCUUUCUAAUGAGGAAAGCCAAUGAAUUGGGAUGGGCUACUGCAUGUUCCUAUGGCGGAUCUAGACCGUAUGUUGUAGCUGUGGACGACAUCAUGUUCCAGAGACCGGUGGAGAUUGGAUCCUUACUGUUCCUGUCCUCUCAGGUGUGUUACACAGAGAAUAAUUACAUGCAGAUCCGAGUGCACAGCGAAGUUUCUGAUCCAAUCACCGGAGAGCAUCACACAACCAACAUCUUCCACUUUACAUACAUGUCCGAUAAAGAAGUGCCACAAAUUGUUCCAAAGACAUACGGAGAAUCCAUGCUAUAUUUAGAUGGAAGACGUCAUUUUAAUGCCGCCGUGCAAAGUAGAAAUGGUCAGAGCCACAGCUUGUAAACCACCUGCGCCACUCUACAGAUCUUACCAGGAUUGCAGCAUGGAAAAAACUUUGGGGGUAAUUCAGAGUUGAUCGCAGCAGCAAAUUUGUUAGGAGUUGGGCAAAACCAUGGGGGUAAUUCCAAGUUGAUCGCAGCAGGAUUUUUGAUAGCAAUUGGGCAAAACCAUGUGCACUGCAGGGGGAGGCAGAUAUAACAUUUGCAGAGAGAGAUAGAUUUGGGUGGGUUAUUUUAUUUCUGUGCAUGGUAAAUACUGGCUGCUUUAUAUUUACACUGCAAAAUAGAUUGCAGCUUGAACACACCCCACCGAAAAUCUAACUCUCUCUGCACAUGUUAUAUAUGCCUCCCCUGCAGUGCACAUGGUUUUGCCCAAUUGCUAACAUAAAUCCUGCUGUGAUCGACUUGGAAUUACCCCCCAUGUGCACUGCAGGGGGGCAGAUAUAACAUGCAGAGAGAGUUAGAUUUGGGUGGGUGUGUUCAAACUGAAAUCUAAACUGCAGUGUAAAAAUAAAGCAGCCAGUAUUUACCCUGCACAGAAACAAAAUAACCCACCCAAAUAUAUAUCUCUCUGCAAAUGUUAUAUCUGCCCCCUCUGCAGUGCACAUGGGGGUAAUUCCAAGUUGAUCGCAGCAGGAAUUUUGUUAGCAGUUGGGCUAAACCAUGUGCACUGCAGGGGAGGCAGAUAUAACAUGUGCAGAGAGAGUUAGAUUUGGGUGGGGUGUGUUCAAUCUGCAAUCUAUUUUGCAGUGUAAAAAUAAAGCAGCCAGUAUUUACCCUGCACAGAAAUAAAAUAACCCACCCAAAUCUAACUCUCUCUGCACAUGUUAUAUCUGCCUCCCCUGCAGUACACAUGGUUUUGCCCAACUGCUAAAAAAUGUCCUGCUGCGAUCAACUUGGAAUUACCGCCCUUGUUCCUAAAGAGAGAACACGCACACAUAAGAGAGCGCAAUGCCUUCCAGUCUGAGUGCGAUAUUGUAUAUUCAUGCUUCAUUAUGUAGGAAUAUUACAAAAUGUAUUCCAUUUUUUUUCCCAAAAAACAAAAGUCAGCGUUUGUAGAAACCAAAACAUUUUCUAUAUCUGAAUGUUUUCCUGUCAUUCAUCAUUGUUGUGUUUUUCAAAUGACAUAGGUUGUUUUAUAAAAUUAGAUCUGUUUCAGAACAAC